GGUCGUGACCGGGUGUGUAUACGCGCCUUUUAUGUAAUUCCACAUUUUUCAAGUAGAAGACUUUCUGAGUUGAUAUAAUGGAGCCGAAUGUCUAACACCACUUUUUUCAAAAGACUACAGAUUUUUCUAGCUAAAUAUUAACAUUUAAUUCAUGGCAUCUGCACUGUUUUAACACUAGAUAUAUGCAUAUAUCCCGAUCCCCAUUUUUUGAAAUAAAUUUUGUCCGUUUUGGGUAGGUUUUGGGGAAGCCACGAUAAAAAAUUCAGGGACGUUUUGUGGGAAUGUUACAAAACCCAAAAAUCUUCCCAGGUUUGGUGAAAGUCCCUAAAGUUUUCGGGAAAUAUCUCUCCAGAAUUUUAUAACGCUGGGGUUUUUCCCCAAACAUCGUGAAAAACUGCCAACUUUCUUACGGAUUUGUGGAAAACCUCGAAUUUUAUUCAAAAUCGAGGGAUCUGGGCCUACUCUCAUCCCAUUCUCUCUGUUUUACGGAAUUUUCGGGUUUUCUCCAAUAUCCAAUAACACUUAGCAGCUUUCCCCAAAUUUUGGGAAAAUUUCCUCGAACCUGGGGAAGAUUUUGGGGGUUUUGUGUCGUUUACCCAAAAAUCUUCGUGGUGACUUCCACAAAAUGGAUAAAAUUUUCACCAAAAUGUGGAGAUUGUGAUUUAGAUUCAAUACACAUGAAGUUAAUAUUUGUAACCUAGCUAGUUGUAACUGUUGAUUAUCAUAUAGUAAUCUAUAUAUAAAUAUAUCCAUGAUAGAUUUGACUUAAUGUAGUUAUGCACGAUAUAUGAACAUAUGACAUCAGUUAUCUUAUGUCAUACAUCUCGAAUUCUAGAUGUGGUGGAACUGUAUGCCUACGCUAACUCAAGUUCACGACAUUGUUUAUUUGAAAGCACCUUCAUUUAAGCGUGGUUUAAAAUCCGUAUCCAUCCACUGAGUCUCCUAUCACUUCUAUCGUACUUCACCACCCUACGUAAAUCAUUCGAACAGCUUAGUCAACAGCAUAUGUUGUUGACAUUGUGACCUUUUUCAUUUCCAGUAACAUUCUGGAGAUUUUAUUUUCAGUCUUUAGUCGAAACUUUCACCUUUGAAAUCCUUUGUCUGGUUACUUAUAGCCAAUUAUUCGAAGUGGUCAGGAUAUUGCUGUAAAUUUUAACUUCUACAUCAGCCCUGUGCAUCUCUUUGUAAUUAAAACAUUCAAUCUUAUUUCGAACUUUGAUCUUUGAAUGUAGAGGUCUAAAUUUGUGUACAAGGCUUACAAAUACGAGGAAGUAAUAAGCACUGUGGUUUUUUAAAACGAAGUUUGUUCAUUCCAUUGGUUUUUCUUGAUCUGUGUAUUUUUUACACCGACUAACCUAAAUUCACGGAUUUAAUUCAUAUCACAAUGUUCCCACUUUCAUUCUUACUUGUGCCGCUUUUCAUCAAAGCUGUUUUACAUUGUUAUGACCGAAAGGCAUCAUACAGUUUGAUCAUCUGCUCUGUACCCCUAAUUAAAUUCUCCUGUGUAUAAACAUAAACAUUCAUGACGGGAACAGUGGAAGCUGAGAGUAAUGAGUCGGAUGAGUCUGUUGAGGCAUGGUGGGAGAGAUUUUUAAAGCAAAAGCUUGCUGAUGAUGAGUUAGAUGUAGAGCUCCGGUCUGCAUGGGAGAACUGUGUUCAAAGACGAGCUAAAUUUGCUCAAGAAGUCAAACGAAUAAUGGAGUUAUAUCAACCAAUAGAGAAGUUACUUAACUCAACACUUAAAUCCGAUCGUGAACAACGAGGUCAAAGUCUCUAUAGAGAAUGGGGUAAAAUACGUCGUAAAGAAUGCCUUCUAGCUUAUUAUGAUAACGACACAUUUCGUGCCACUUACACUCGACAACGUUAUAUAAAUAGUUCUACAAGUUUCCUUCAGGCUUUAGUCUAUCGAAUUAUACCGGAAAAUCCAGAUGUUGAAGUUUAUUUACGGGAUCAUGUUAGUCGUAUUAUUAGUAUUGGUGUUGGUCCCGGGCCAGAUAUAGCUGCUUAUUUGGCAUAUGCACGUUGUCGUGGCUUCACUCAGCGUAUUGUUUAUUUUGCCAUUGAUCAAUGUGCUGGAUGGGGCAAUUAUCUAGCUGCUUUUGAUCGUCAGUGGUCAUCUGAAUAUCAAGUGUCUGUUUGGUUUAAAAGUUCACGUUUUAAUAAUCGGGAUGAUGUAGAGACACUACCAGAUGCAGACAUGUUAGUAUUUAGUUUUGCUAAUACAGCUCUUAUGGCUAGUACUAUAUGGCCGUUGUUACAACAGCGUUAUCGAUUCAUCAUUGUUUUAGAUGGAAUUAAGGAGGUUGUUGUUGAUAGUUUCUUGAAUGCUGGAUUUAAAGAUAUUACUCUUACUGAACGAACAAAAGUGUAUUAUCAUUUUAAUGGGAUCCUUCCAAUUGAAUCAUCUACAACAUUAGAUCACGUACUAUGCAAUUAAAUUGUAUUCUUCCUCCUAUUUUUUUUCUACGAUUUUUCAUUGCUUUUAUACACAUUAUUUUGUAUGAUAGUUUUAAACAAAACAACUAUUUCCUUUUCUUUUUCCCUUUUUUGUUGUUGUUGAAAUUUCAUAGUACUCUCCUCGUUUUCUAUCCAUUUGAUAUUUCUACCUUUAUCAUCUUUGAGAUAUUGAAAUCUUAACUAUAGUCAAUAUUUUGCAUAAAACAGAAACUGCGGUACACAUCUGUAUUUUGAUUCAUAACUUUAUGUAUAUAUAAGUAUUGAGGAUUUGUGAAGAUUGUUGGAUUUUGCGCUUCAUACCACAAAUUAACUCUUAGUUUGAUAACCAUUU